AGAGAGAGGCACAGGAGCGUGCGAGAGGAAAGGUCGCGCGCCAAGUUUACCAUGAAACUUUUGUGCUUUUUUGGUGAUCUUGAACGUUUCCCGGAUCAAAUCGCCGAGGUGGCAAGAUGGAGGUCACAGAGGUGACGGGGGUCCAAGAGGCCCCGGGCGUCCCGUCGUCACCAGCUAACCAAUCAGGCGGCAGCAACUCCUCACUGCCGCCUGAUUGGUCAGCUCCAUCUUCAGAGUACAACGAUGCUGAGCUGGUCCUGUUGGGCGCCGCCAUGGCCAUUCUGGUUGUGGCCAUCAUCUCUGGUAACGUGCUGGUGAUCAGCGCCAUCUUGCGCUCCCGGCGGCUGCAGACGGUCACCAACCUUUUCAUCACCUCGCUGGCGGUGGCCGACCUCAUCAUGGGCGUGGCCGUGGUUCCGUUCGGGUCCAUCUACAUCCUGCUGGGGUCCUGGCAUUUCGGGAACUUCCUGUGCGAGUUCUGGACGGCCACGGACGUGCUGUGCGUGACGGCCAGCAUCGAGACGCUGUGCGUGAUCGCUUUGGACCGCUACCUCGCCAUCACCUCGCCCCUGCGCUACCCCACGCUGCUCACCAGGCGCCGGGCCUUGGCGGCCAUUGUGGGCGUGUGGGCGGUGGCCUCGCUCAUCUCCUUCCUGCCCAUCCAUCUGAAGCUGUGGCUGUCGCACGACGCGGAGGCUCUGCGCUGUCUGGCCAACGAGCGAUGCUGCGACUUCAACACCAACGCGGCGUACGCCGUGUCCUCCUCGCUGGUCUCCUUCUACCUGCCGCUGGCGCUCAUGAUCUUCCUCUACUCGCGCGUCUUCCAGGAGGCCCAGAAGCAGCUGGAGAAGAUCCGAGGGCGGGAGAGGCAACUCCGCCAGCUGCGUCGCGCAGGUGAGCCCGGACCGACCGCGGCGGAGGGCGGGACGGACCCGGAGGAGUCGACGGGGGCGCCGGCGGAGAACGAGGGCUGCGGCUCCAAGCGGGUGAAACUGAGCCUGAAGGAGCACAAGGCGGUGAGGACUCUGGGAAUCAUCAUGGGCACGUUCACCCUCUGCUGGCUUCCCUUCUUCAUCCUCAACAUCCUCAUCAGCUUCCUCCGCCUGGGAGACAUCAAGCUGCUCUUCAGGCUCCUCAACUGGUUGGGGUACUCCAACUCCGCCUUCAACCCGCUCAUCUACUGCCACAGCCCCGACUUCAGGCACGCCUACCAGGAGAUCCUCUGCAUGCGGGGCAGACCGCGCCGGAAGGGGCGGGGCACGGGGCGGAGACGCGGGAACGCGGGCGCCGAGGUCAGGCCCCACGGUCGGCUGACCCAGACGUCCUCCGCAGGGGAGGUUCUGGAAGUGUCCCCGGCUGACAGUUCAAACAGCGAGAGCUGUGAUGAAACAUUGUUUACUCUGCAGGCUUGA